AUAAUUGUUCCCAUUUCUAUAGCAAAGAAAGAAAAUUUAAAUCACUACUGCAAAAUGUGGCUAAAAGUUUUUAUUUCAAAUCAUUUGAUGUUCUGUGCCAUUUUUGCGCUUACGCCGACUGUCUCGCCAGUGAACGAUAACUUGGCCAACAGUAAUGGACUUUCUGCUUACUCAGAAAGUUGUCCCGACUAUUUUCGCAACGACGUUCGUGUUCCUUGCUAUUUCUUGUUGGAAAAGUGCUACUGCUUUUCAACACAAUUGUUUCUCAUGACGUGGAAUGAUGCGAAAUAUUACUGUCGACUUAACAAUUAUACCCUGAUAAGUAUAGAAACAAAAAUGGAGGAUGAUGUGAUUCACGAACAUAUUAACAACACAGAAGGCUUACUCGAGCAACCAUGGUUUUGGACUUCAGGCUCCUACAGUGAGAAUCAAUGGAAAUGGUCCACUGGGCCGUAUCCUGGCCAGCCGUUUACCUACACUAACUGGGCCUCUACAAGACCUGUGUAUAACCUCGAUGGUUACUGUACCGAAAUUAAUUAUAGUACGUUUCAAGGUAGAUGGGCUGACUUUCCAUGUGAUUUUACAAAUUUUUUUAUAUGUGAAGAAAAUAUAACAUUACCAGUUUAAAUAAACCAAAUUUCAUGUUACGGUCGAACGUA